AUGGCUGAAUAUCAACAUCCAGUUCAACCUGGCAGACCGUGCCAACAGAAAUCCACUAGUGUUUAUGACAUUUCGCACUCUCCGUACUGGGCACAGAGCCAGGUUCAAUACGCCCAAAACCUUCUAGAGUGUUCGGGUGAACCGAUCGAGUACGAUUGCGACGAUCGAGACUACUGGGACAAUUGUUUCUUUUUCCCGGAAGACUGUUCUUGGUCUCCUCCCAAGGACUGGAUUGUCGAGCAGCACGACCCCAGAUACGAUCUCAACCGCGACGACUCUUACGACACCAUGAUUCCCGGACUACCAGACAUCAAGAUGCUGGAUGCGGAGGCCCUCAGCGACCUGCUGGAGGACAACCUCUCGCCCCCGGAGAUCACCUCCAUUCUAGUAUUUGCUACGAACGGUGCCAUCUUCGCCUCGGCGUCAUCUCUUCCGCUGAGACAAUUACGCAACCUGAGCGCGACGUACGGUGCUGCCUACACCUGCUACGCCAAGAAUGCUUCAAGCGGGAACCUGACGGGCGUCAACCCUGCUAGUCAUCCCUCUUCUUACGUGACAGCCCAGUCCGUAUCCUUGGGUGACGUAGGCUCGAUUGUCUUCGAGCUCGACGACCUAGUUGCCAUCGUCACGCGCAUUGCCGACAAGGUUCUCCUUGCUGCCGUCGGGCCGUCCAAGAUGAAGCCCGCCGGACCAAGCCACGCUCAAAAUGGUCAGGGGGCCACCGGUAAUACCAACGGAUCUCGACCGGGGACGGAAGGCCCCACGACGGGGAACUUCGCUCCUCCCAACGGUGCAUCCCUCCAUCACACUCCCACCAACGGCACCCCAAACAGUAUUUCCCGCAGCCACAGCGAAUCCAACAUCCAGAGCGACGCACAUCUCGAAACGCAAUACGAAAUCGACCGCAGCAGCGACCUCGCUCGUCUCUCCAGUCUGAACCUGUCUGCGUCCCCAGCCAUCCUGCUCGCACUGGAGUCAAAAUCUGCGGCGCUAGGAAGAUUCCUCAGCCAGAAGCUGGAGGACCUCGAUAGUCCGGAGGACUUCUGA